AUGCAUACGGAGGCGAUGGAGAAGCAGGUGGCGCACUUCGCUCGCUGCCUGGUGGACGCGCUGAAGGAGUUCGCGGCGACGGACAAGCGGCCGCCGACGGACGAGGACGGCAACUCGUUGGACCCAACGAUGUGGGGCAUCCAGCCAUUCGGCGGUCUGGGCUACACGGGCUACUACUACAGCCUGCUCGAGGGAUACGUGCAUCUGAAUCUGCUACUGCUGGAUGGGGACAAGUUUCUCCCCAUUCUCCAGCGAGGCCACAGCGAGGCGCCGUACUUCAUCCGCCUGCUCUGCGGCCACAUGGACGGAGGCCAUGCUGAGUGGAUUGCGAGACGUCUGCAGCCGAUUAUGAACGACGAGUCCUUCAGUGACGUCAAGCCGCUCAAUGCUGGCGUGCUGCAGACGAUUCGAGACCACUGCGCGCUGCUAUUCCGCUGCCUGUACAGCAUCAGCGGCGAGAACAAGGCUCUGGGCCCCGAGUUCGUGGCGAGAACGAUAGCCCCGUUCUGA